AUGCAGACGUGCAAAGCUGGUGAUGUACCUGUAGUGAAGGGAGAUAAACUCAGUAAUGAACAGUGUCCAAAGAAUGAUUUGGAAAAGGAUGCCAUGAAGACUAUUCCUUAUGCUAGUGCCAUUGGUAGCCUAAUGUAUGCACAAGUAUGUACAAGACCUGAUAUUGCCUUCAUUGUUAAUGUUCUUGGUAGAUAUUUAUCGAACCCUGGACAUGAUCAUUGGGUUGCUACAAAGAAAGUCAUGAGAUAUCUACAAAGAACGAAGGAUUUUAUGCUUGUGUAUAGGAGGGUGGAUAAUCUCGAGGUAGUUGGAUACUCAGAUUCUGAUUUUGGUGGUUGUUUUAAUGAUCGCAAAUCUACUUCAGGAUACAUUUUUGUGUUAGCUGGUGGAGCCAUUUCAUGGAAAAUUGUCAAACAGAGCCUAAUUGCAUCCUCAACCAUGUAUGUUGAGUUUUUAGCUUGUUAUGGUGCAUCAUCUCAAGCUGUUUGGCUAAGAAAUUUGAUUUCAGAGUUGUAA